CCGGUUACCCCAUGGAUAGGCUGGAAUGGGACGCGAGAAGUGAUCUUCAUUUCCCCUCAUCCCGUCUCGUUGAGCAUGAUAGGAUUUGGAGCUGAGAAUUCUAUCUUUUCAUCUGAUUUUGGGGAAUCAUGCUCCACUGAGUGAGAUGCGAUGAGAAAGAACGAGGUGCCGAAUCGCAACUGGACUACCCGCUUCACUAAGCUAAGCUGCCGCAACGCCGUUCCGCAAUCUUGGGCUUGGUACAGUACCCGCCCGGAGCCCUGAACCCGGUCCCCAGAUCGCGUCUAAGUUCCAUCGUGAUGGCGCCGAGUGAGAGGAGGGAGCAGAGCACCAUUGAGAGUGCAGAUUCGAAGAAUGGUGGAAUCGACGAGAAGGAGAUAAAUAUUGGACGACAGAUUUCAUCUUCCACCAAUUCAGGAUUGGAAAUCACCGCGAUUGACGACGAGAAAGCGACGGCGCUGCAGACAGAAGGACAACCAGACGAAGCGAAGAAGGUUUCAACGAAAGGACAACAGACAGAGAGGAAAGAGAAGGAGAAUAGCCAUCCUGCGGGGUGGACUAUUAUGCGCCCAUUGCGCAUGCGAGCUAUGGGUGGUGGGAAGUCGAAAAAAGACGGAGGGGCCACGACAAAUGCGAAUGGGGAAGCUGUGAUGAGGAGUAGCAGCGAAGACGAUGCGGACGCGACGAAGGAUUUCAAGACUCUGGAGACAACGGGGACCGGUGGUUCGAGAGGACUGGGUGAGGUCGAGGUAAUGACGGAUAUGAGGAGUGACGAUGGUUUGCUCGAGGACGAGAACGAGAACGAGAGGUUUGGCGUUGCACCGACCCAGCGAGCGAACGCACACGAAGCUGCGGUGGAUGGUGUCAAUGAACGACAGGGUCAAGGGGAUACGACAGUGUAUAAGGUGUAUAAGAGGCGCUGGUUCGGGCUUGUGCAACUGGUUCUGCUGAAUAUCAUCGUGUCGUGGGAUGUGAGUAUUUCUCCGGCUCAUUGGUUUUUAUGCAACGAGAUAUUUUCGGAAUUGACAUUGACUCUUGUGGAAUAGUGGCUCUCCUUUUCAGCCUCUUCGAAGACGGCAUCCGAGUACUACGAUAUCAGCGAAUCUGCCAUCAACUGGCUCUCUACCGGCUUUCUCUUUGCAUUCGUUGUCGCCUCUCCCUUUACCAUCUACACCCUCCACCGUGGAGGCCCCAAACCUUCAAUUGUUACGGCUUCAGUGCUUAUAUUGCUGGGUAACUGGAUUCGAUAUGGUGCUACAAGAUCCGGAGAACAUGGAAACUUUGGAGGGUUGAUGUUUGGUCAGAUUUUGACCGGCAUUGCUCAACCCUUCGUGCUAUCUGCGCCAACGAGAUAUUCGGAUUUAUGGUUUACAAAUAGGGGAAGAGUUGCCGCUACGGCCGUUAUGAGUUUGGCAAAUCCAUUUGGAGGAGCUUUGGCGCAAUUAAUCAACCCGUUCUGGGCAACAAAACCUUCUGAAAUUCCGAAUCUGGUUUUGUACGUUGCCAUUAUCGUAAGUCUCACAUCUACUUUAUACAUAUCUCCAGCAACUAACCAGAAAACCAGUCAUCAAUAGCCUCAAUCCCUGCAUUCUUCAUCCCCUCCCACCCUCCAACACCAGUUUCCCAUUCGGGAACAGUUCCCAAGAACCCUUUGAUCCCCUCCCUCAAAAUCCUCUUCACCUCUCCAGAAUUCUACAUGAUCAUGAUCCCCUUCGUCUUCUACGUCGGCCUCUUUAACAGCAUUUCCUCCCUCCUAAACCAAAUGCUAGAACCAUACUCCUUCUCCGAAAGUGACGCUGGAAUUGCAGGCGCUCUUUUGAUCGUCGUCGGUCUCGUAACAUCCGCAAUUACUAGUCCUAUCAUCGAUAAGACAAAGAGCUUUUUAUUAGCCAUAAAACUCCAAGUUCCUAUCGUCGCCCUAGCCUAUUUGGCGUUUACAUUCGCGCCGCAAACGAGGACACUUGCUGCUCCAUACGCGAUCCUUUCAAUCCUAGGCGCUGCAUCGUUCUCGCUCGUCCCUGUGGUGUUAGAGUACAUCAUCGAAAUUACACAUCCUGUUUCGCCGGAAGUCACAUCCACGAUUCUCUGGACCGGUGGACAGUUACUCGGCGGCAUUUUCAUUGUUGUUAGUGAUGCCCUCAAAGCUCCAGGAGGAGAAAGGGAUGGGCCGGUGGAUGAUGGGACCACCCGACCCCCCGGGAAUCUGUAUAAAGCCCUUGUUUUUCAGUGUGUGAUGGGAGUUUUUGUUGUUCCUUUUCCGCUGGCGUUGGGGCUUUUUGGGAGAGGGAGUAAGAUCAAGAUGAGGAGAAUUGAGGCGGACCGGGAGAGAGAAAGGUUGGGGCUUGCUGGUGGGGGGAGGGAAGGAGGGAGUUUGGCUUAGGGUUGACUCGGCUUGAUUUUCCUUGGAUCUGGAUCUAGAUCUGGAUUUGGAUCGUCGGUUUUCUUGGAAAUUUUCGUCAAUUGGUACGGUACAUAAGGUUCCUGGGUUUAAUGUGGAGUUGAUGGUUGUUUUCUUUGGGAUAGACUUUGGGCCCUUGAAUGGAGGAGGGUUAGAUCCGAAUGUGGUCAUGUGUGAAGUGGAAUGUAUACAUUUUCUUUCUCGUACAUAGCUUGGCUGUAGAGAUUAUUUAUUUAGUACAGUAUAUACUUGUG